AUGCCUUUACAAUCCUGUCCUAUUUCGUCGUCACCAUCGCCAUCUUCUCCAAUCGCCAUUAUUCACCGCCAAAAUGACGGUGAAUAUUGGUUUUGUUUGGAAGGUCGAUAUACUCGAUUCAUCAUCCCUACGAGUGAUGAUGUGUUGAGCACUUGUAGGGUGGCUAGUCGUAAGCCACCGACCAUCUUCAUCAUUUUCAGAAAUCCGGUGCAGAGGUGCAUGAGGAUACUCAAUAAAUAUGAACGUCAUCAGGUUUCGAGGAUUUCCUCGAACCUUUGGAAGCAUGUCAAAUCCGAACAUCCCGAAUUAAGGGAUAUUUUUCAAUCUCUUUAUUUGAGUACAAAAGAAAAGUGGAAAAAACGAACCCUAGUGUUCGAAUUUUUUACUCCGGUGAUCGGCACAACCCCUGAAAAUAAAAAAUCCUCUACGGAUAUGACAUUAACAUCCUCCGAAGAAACGAAAAUUACGGAGGAAUUAUUUGAGGGUUUAGCGCACAUUCCCGG